AUGCCGGCUGAGGAAGAGGCCGGGGCCGUGGUCGUGGACGCGGCGGGGGAGGUGGAGGCAAUGGAUCAACGCAUGAAGAGCACGCCGAUCGUGGAUGCUCCUACUACGGGACCGUCUAGCAUUGCAGCAGCCCGUAUGCACCCCCAAAGGAAAGGACAUCCACAGAUACGCUGGUUUUUCGUCAAGAAGGCCGUGGCAAGAGGCCAUAUCGACGUCAAGCGAGCCGACGCUUCACCAAAGCACUUGACCCCAUUGCAUUCAAGAGAUUUCUGGAAAUGCUAG